CUACUACGGCGCCGGUUACGUACCGUCACGGCUCCUGCAGGCUGCUUCCACUCCGUCUCUCUUACUUCGUCUUGGAUUCGAUAGCCUGGAUCAUAGCUACUGUAUACACUAUCAACAAACAUGCUGGUGACUGCUUUCAAGAGCAGCUAUGGGAGGGCCCGCCGUAAAGAACGACGUCAUCGGCCUACUAGCACGCUCCUCACACAGAUGUUCUAGUGAGCUAAGUAGUCGCUGCAUGUGUCCGUUCUUCCUCUUCUCCGGCCGCUGAAAAUCUAUAUCAUGCAUCCCUACGUCAACUACACGCUUCUCGGUCUUGUUCUCCUGCUCACCGCGUUCUGGCACCGAGGAUUGUUCAUGUUGCCUGUGAAGUACAAGGAGAAGACUACUCUCGUCGCGGCGCAUAACGCGUUCAAGGAGGACGAAUACAAGCUGCCGAAGGGUCUUGCGCCGUAUAGGCACAAGACAAAUCUGCGACGACUGCUGAGCCUGUAUGAUGUCGAGCUACACCGCGAUGCCCCGCAGAAGUUCAGCGAGUUACGGAGGAUAUGGGAUGUGGACGAGGAGGACUACGUGAGAGAGUGCCUGGGUAGAUGGGAGUCCUUCGGCACCGCGGGCCUGUCUGGCUCGAUGUUCUUCCACUCUUCGAACAAACAAUAUAUGCUGAAGUCACUCGGCCGGGCAUUCGAAACCCGCUUUCUGCACGAGCACUUCCUCCCUCGAUACUUUGAGUUCGUGAAGUCACAUCCGGACUCGCUCAUACACAAGAUCUACGACGUGCUAUACACGAUGGACCGUCGCUUGGGAGAAUGCCUGCGACUCAGUCCGAACCACUACAUCAUCAUUGAGAACAUCGCAUACGGCAAACAAGAUGACUGGGAGACAUUCGACCUGAAACCGACGAACUACCUCGAGCCAGUCCGCGACCUCCUACCCAAUGGCAUGCACAUCUCGGGCGCGACCGACGUCCUCCCUCCCGACAAGGUCAUCCUGGCCUCCGCGGAAGAACGCGCCUCCCUCCUCGCGCGGGCGCGCGCCGACGUUGCGUUCCUCGCGUCCAUCAAAGCCAUAGACUAUUCCGUGCUGCUCGUGCGCGCGCCAGAUGGCACCGCACGCUGGGGGAUCAUCGACACAUUCUGGAGCCUCAAAACGCCGCGCGCGAAGGCUACGAAGAAGGCAAGCGACACGGCGGGUUUGCCGCAGCAGACGGUCACGGCGGACGCAGAUGGGUACGCACGGGAGGUGCUGAAGCUGCUGGAGAAGUGUGUGAAAGUGAGGGAGGUAGUCAAGGAACAGGCGGAAGUGAAACAAGACGUGACGUUAGUGGAUCUCUGACGAGUGCGAGUCGAGUUGGACUCGGAGAAGUCUCGACCAAGGAGGCUUCAUAGUCAGGUUCGCAGACCCACUAGUAAACUGUAUCAGCAGUAGCAGAAGCGGCGGUGAGCUCCGGCCGUCAUGCACCAAUCCUUCCUUCGUUUAGUGAGUCGAGGCGCUCAUAGUGAUUAUAAUUCCGUCCUCUUGUCUGGUCGUGUCUCCCUCAUGUUACUGCGGGUGGUCUGAACUCUCUGAAAUGAGUCAGGGGCUCUGUCUUCUCGAUAGAUAUGGUAUAUCAUUCCAUUGGCAUGUUCGCCAUACCUCCGGUGCGACCCUUUUAAUAGCCUGGCCUCAUGAUAGCAUCACGUUCCGUUGUAUUCGAUGAACAUGUAUAGACGGU